GGUUGCACGCGGGAUUACGCGACGUGACGUUCGUAGACAUAAUAUUAAUAUCAUUCAUACGCGUUAUCACGUCGAAGAACCGUCGUCAUCGUCGCGCGUGCGUGAGCUUAAAUACAAAUUAGGCGAUUAAACACGUGCGUUUUUUUUUCUGUUGUAUCUUAGAACAAUAUGUAUUUCAUUGGAGUGGACGUCGGGACAGGAAGUGUUCGGGCGGCAUUAGUAGAUAAUGCUGGUAGAAUUUUAAAAAAAUCUACCAACAGUAUUCAAACAUGGAAUCCUGAAGAAAACUUUUAUCAACAAUCGUCCGAAGACAUAUGGCGUAGUUGCUGUAAAGUUGUACGGAAAGUGACUGAAGGAAUACCAUCGGAAGCGGUCAGAGGAAUCGGAUUUGAUGCUACGUGUUCUCUAGUAGUCGUGGACAGCGAUGGACUACCAUUAUCAGUCAGCAAAAAUGGUGAACGAGAACAAAAUGUAAUACUAUGGAUGGACCAUAGGGCCAAAAAGGAAGCGGAUUUCAUUAAUACAACAAAUCAUCGAGUAUUGAACUAUGUAGGAGGUAAAAUAUCGUUAGAAAUGGAAACGCCAAAACUCCUUUGGCUAAAAAAUAAUCUACCAAAAAACACAUUUUGGCAAAAAGUGGGUAGGUUCUUUGAUUUGCCCGACUUCCUUACUUGGAAAGCCACAAAUGCUGUCUCCAGAUCACUGUGUACGGUCGUCUGCAAAUGGACGUACUGUGCAGAACAGUCGUUGUGCGGUUAUUGGGAUCGUUCGUAUUUCGAAGAAAUUGGUCUGGAUGACUUGAGUCAAGACAAUUGGUCGGCGAUAGGCAACGAAAUAUUUGAGCCAGGACGACCUUGCGGCAACGGACUAACCGAGAACGCAGCCCGAGAAAUGGGACUAGUCGUCGGAACUCCAGUAGCCACAUCGUUGAUUGACGCACACGCUGGAGGACUGGGAAUGAUCGGAGUUGGGUCAAAGAAUUCAACAGACUUUAGGCACCGAUUAGUGAUGAUUGGAGGUACCUCGACUUGUCACAUGUUGCUCAGCGACGAAGAAGUGUUCGUGGAUGGCGUCUGGGGACCGUACUACGGUGCCAUGGUACCGGGUCUGUGGCUUCUGGAAGGUGGGCAAUCAGCUACGGGCAAGCUUAUAGAUCACGUGAUUAGCACUCAUCCGGCCGCCAAACAUCUGAACAUUACGGAUGGUGUAAGAGCGGAAGAUUUCCUGAACGAAUUACUCAUAAAAAUGGCUACAGACAGAGGUUUGGAUGCGAUCGAUACGCUGACUGAAGACUUUCACGUGUAUCCUGACUUUCAUGGCAACCGAUCGCCCGUGGCGGAUCCCUCGCUAAAAGGAACGAUGGUUGGGUUAACGUUAUCCGUGGACCAAGAAAACUUGGCACUUAUUUAUCUGGCAACAAUACAGGCACUCUGUUAUGGUACCAGGCACAUCAUAGAAUCGAUGGAGGAGAAGAGCGGAGGAUCAUUAAACGUCCGAGAGAUCCUCAUGUGCGGAGGACUCAGUCAAAAUCGGGUGUUUUUACAGUGUCAGGCCAAUGUCACCGCGCUACCUGUACGUACUUCUACGGAAGACGACCCUGUCCUGAUCGGUUCAGCCAUGUUGGCCGCUGCCGCGUCGACAUCGUCCAAGUCACCGACUGAACUCCGUCCGUGGUCAUCGUCACUCAGAGACGCCAUUGCGUUAAUGGCCAGCGACGCGCGCACCGUACACCCUUCAUUGGAUUUGCAGGCAUAUCAUAAAAGGAAAUUUUUGGUGUAUUUGGAAAUGCUAAAACAUCAGAAAAUGUACAAAAACAUUAUGUCAAGAAAUCCAUGAGAAUAAGUAUAUUUUAAGUAAAAUAAUAAAAUAAUAAAUAAAGUAAACAUUUUAU